GACUUUUCUGUCUGAAUCUGUCCAGAACAACCCCACAGUUCCAUAAUCAUUUGGAAACAUCCCAACAAUUUCUCCAACCUCCCCACCAAGUUUAAACAACUCGUCGAUAAUUCUAGUGAACCUGGUCAUUGUAUAAUUUAGACCCCAAAAAGAGAUAGUCACUGUUCCACCAGUUUCUGGUUCAAUUUUCCUCCGUACAGAUGUAAAGUUGAAUAUUCAAAAGAAUGGAACGCAUUCCGUGCAGAAAUUUAAUGCAAUCAAAUGCCGGCAGGUAUCUGUAAAAGGAAUUCACCGUAAACUUUGGUAUACUGAGUCAACGAGGCAAAUGCGAAAGCACAAAGCGGUUUAUGCACCUUGGCAUUGUCGGCAUCAAGUCUAUAUAAGCGUAAACAGGCGGACGUUAGAAUGAAAAUCUUUCCCGGAAAAAAUAUAUCUUUUGCUGCGAACUAGCUUUUUCUGAAGUUGAAGCUCUUCCUACCAAUACAAUAAGACAUGGUGAGCAGCAAGAAUUCACCUUAUGAUUGUGGCCAGUUGAUAGUUGACAUCACCACUACCACUUUUACCAGAGCGAAGAAGAGGUGGCGCAUGGCUUAUGCAGCCUUGUAUGCUGUAAGGGUGAUGCUAUCACUUCCCAAAGAGCUUAUGUACAAGAGGAGCAACUACAAGGACUACUCUGAGAUCUCCGAGUAUGGAUCUUUCGGUGGUUUCCAAGGUCUCAAAGAAAGCCAGCGGGAGAAGGGAGAUUCGAACUCUGGUCUCGAGCCUGAGGCUAAAAACUCUUCACCACUGGAGCUACAAUCCCCUGCGCAUGAUGAGUCUCGUUCUUACACUUCCCUUGAAGUGAAACCGAGCACUUCCCCUGAUGGAACUGAUCACUAUAGUUCUGUCCCCAACAACGUUGUCCAUGCAGAGCUCGAAAAAAUGGUGAAGGAAAAAGACUUGGCUGCUCUUAAGAAGUUUGGAGGAGUUACUGGCAUAACCACUUCUCUUGAAACAAAUCCUGAGUAUGGGCUACCUGGCAACGACGCAGAAAUCAACAGACGCCGUGAACUAUUUGGCUCAAAUACAUACCCAAAGCCGCCUUCAAAAGGGCUCCUCUAUUUUGUGCUGGACGCUCUGAAAGACAUGACGAUUCUGAUUCUAUGCGUCUGUGCAGCACUUGCUCUUGCAUUUGGAAUCAAAGAGUAUGGAGUAGAGGAAGGCUGGUAUGAAGGUGGAAGUAUCUUUGUAGCUGUAAUCAUUGUCAUUGUUGUCUCAGCUCUCAGUAACUUCAGACAGGAAAUCCAAUUCGACAAACUGUCUAAAAUAAGCAGCAACAUCAACGUUGAGGUAUUUAGAGACAGACAAAGACGAGAAAUCUCCAUCUUUGAUGUUGUGGUUGGAGAUGUCGUCUUCCUUAACAUCGGAGAUCAAAUUCCUGCAGACGGGGUGUUCUUAGAUGGCUAUUCAUUUCAAGUGGACGAGUCCAGCAUGACCGGGGAGAGCGACUAUGUAGAAGUUGAUUCCAGAAAGAAUCCCUUCCUCUUGUCUGGUGCAAAGGUGGCUGAUGGUUAUGGUAGAAUGCUUGUCACAUCAGUUGGGAUGAACACUGCUUGGGGCGAAAUGAUGAGCUCAAUUUCGCAGGAAUCAAAUGUAAGAACUCCAUUACAAGCUCGGCUUGACAAACUUACCUCUUCUAUUGGAAAGGUAGGCCUUGCAGUUGCUUUCUUAGUUCUUCUAGUCUUGUUGAUUCGUUAUUUCACUGGCAACACAAAAGAUAAGAAUGGCAAUAAGGAGUAUAUUGGUAGCAAAACAAAAACAGAUGAUGUGUUGAAUGCAGUAGUACGGAUUGUAUCUGCUGCAGUCACUAUUGUGGUGGUGGCAAUCCCUGAAGGCUUGCCACUGGCUGUCACACUAACACUUGCUUACUCUAUGAAAAGAAUGAUGAAAGAUCAGGCAAUGGUUAGAAAACUAUCGGCUUGUGAGACAAUGGGGUCAGCAACCGUUAUCUGUACUGACAAAACAGGAACUCUGACACUAAACCAAAUGAAAGUAACUAAGCUUUGGGUAGGCCAAGAAUCUAUUGCAGAAGAUAAUUCAUCCAUCACACCAAAUGUUCGUGAGUUAUUCUAUCAAGGAGUUGGUUUGAACACAACUGGGAGUGUUUUCAUGCCUCGUACAGGAUCCGAACCCGAAAUCUCUGGCAGCCCAACAGAAAAAGCCAUACUCUAUUGGGUUGUUUUAGAUUUGGGUAUGGACAUGCAAGAACUGAAGCCCAGGUAUGACAUUCUUCAUGUUGAAACAUUUAAUUCAGACAAGAAACGAAGUGGGGUUCUUAUAAAGAAAAAAGAUGAUAACACCGUCCAUGUGCACUGGAAAGGAGCUGCUGAGAUGAUAGUUGCAACAUGCUCAAGUUAUUAUGAUACCAAUGGAACUGUAAAGCCCCUGGAUGUAGAUACAAGGUCUAAAAUUGAGAAAAUAAUCCAAGGCAUGGCAGCUAGUAGCCUCCGAUGCAUUGCUUUCGCUCAUGCCCAAAUUUCAGAGGAAGAAGUUGAAUACAGUGAUGAUGACAAGACGCACCAAAAGCUCAAAGAAGAUGGGCUGAUCUUGCUAGGGAUAGUCGGCCUCAAAGAUCCAUGUCGACCAGGGGUCAUCCAUGCUGUGAGAGUUUGCAAGGAUGCAGGUGUGGACAUCAAAAUGAUAACUGGAGACAAUAUUUUCACAGCAAAAGCUAUAGCUACAGAAUGUGGAAUACUAAAGAAAGAGAACGAGGUAAAGGAUGGACAAGUUGUAGAAGGAGUCGAAUUUCGAAACUACACUGACGCAGAGAGAAUGCAGAAGGUUGAUAACAUCCGUGUGAUGGCAAGGUCCUCCCCAUUUGACAAGCUUCUAAUGGUACAGUGUUUGAAGGAGAAAGGUCAUGUGGUUGCAGUCACUGGUGAUGGUACGAAUGAUGCACCUGCAUUGAAAGAAGCUGAUAUAGGACUUUCCAUGGGCAUCCAAGGAACUGAGGUGGCAAAAGAAAGCUCGGAUAUCAUCAUCUUGGAUGACAACUUCAAUUCUGUGGCCACAGUUUUGAGAUGGGGGAGAUGUGUUUAUAACAAUAUACAGAAAUUCAUCCAAUUUCAACUAACUGUUAAUGUUGCAGCUCUAGUAAUCAACUUUAUUGCAGCAGUUUCAGCUGGUGAAGUUCCCCUAACAGCAGUUCAAUUACUUUGGGUGAAUCUCAUCAUGGACACGCUAGGUGCUCUGGCUCUUGCUACGGAGCGGCCAACUAAUGAGCUAAUGGAGAGGCAGCCUGUGGGUCGGACCGCUCCACUCAUAACCAAUAUUAUGUGGAGGAAUCUUUUAGCUCAAGCUCUAUAUCAAAUAGCUGUUCUCUUGAUCUUGCAGUUCCAGGGUGAGUCUAUAUUCAAUGUCACUGCUGCGGUGAAUGAUACUCUGAUUUUCAAUACCUUUGUAUUAUGCCAAGUUUUCAACGAGUUCAAUUCAAGAAGCAUGGAGAAGAAGAAUGUAUUCAAAGGUAUUCUCAGGAAUAGGCUGUUUAUUGGGAUUGUGGGGAUAACUAUUGUUCUUCAGGUUGUGAUGGUGGAGUUUCUGAAGAAAUUUGCAGAUACAGAAAAGUUGAAUGUUCAGCAAUGGGUAGUUUGUAUCGUGAUUGCAGCUGUAUCAUGGCCAAUUGGUUGGGUUGUGAAGUUCAUACCUGUUUCAGAGGACCCAUACUUCAGAAUUAUCAAAAGGUCACUCCUCAGAUUAAAAAACAUUUUGUGAAGGUUUUGGGUUCAAUUUGGGUUAGGGGUUGCAAUCCAGAAUUGUCUUGCCAUCAACACACAGACGCCACGAACCUUCUUUUUCGGGAGUAAGCAAGCCAGAACUCCCGGCCCGACCUCAAGGCUUGGGCCCGAAUCUCAAGCCCAGUUGAUUGUGGCCCGGGGUUAUUUGGCACUGAAAGUCAGGAGAUUGAAGCUUGGGGUGGAACCUCUGGUCGGAGUCUGGGUCUCAUGUCCAGCGUUUAGAGUUUGGGGUCAGUGCCUAGAGUUUGGAAUCCUAAGCUUGAAGAAUUACUAAUCUCUAAAUGCACAUUCCAUUAUGUUGAGGGAAUGAGAAUGCUCCUCUCUCUAUAUAUAAUGGAAUGGCCACUAAGAGGUCAGGAGUGCUUAUCCCAGCCGUACAAAUUCACUGAAGUUUAGGGUUCCAACCUCUAGGCACUGGCCCCAAACCCCGAGCCGCGACAACUAGACACGCGGACUUGGAUUUGACUCUCAAUAUGGAUCUCACAUCCAAGUCCGAGUGUCCGGUGUUUGGGGCUCAUGGACACCGCCAUGAGCUUGAAGUUUUAAGCUUGAGUGAAUUUGUAGGAUUGGAAUAAGUAUACCUAACCUCCAAAACCCCUUUUUGUUAGUUGGGGAAAGAGUGCUCACUCAUUCCCGAAUUAUAUGAAUACCCAAUUUAUUGUAAUGAACCAGAAUAAUACCUAGCAUAUGUAUGAUUGUAGAAAAUAAUUUGGUUUGAGAAUAAGAUUUCAUCUAUGAUGUAAUACCAUUAUUCUAAUUAGUACAGUUGCCUAACUUUGUACC